AUGAGCGAUCGUCCAGGUGACUGGCUUGGCGGCUAUGGCCCUAGCAAUUCUCCUCUCAUAGAGAAACAUCAUGGGGGUACGGGACCAACCAGUCCAAAGAAAAAGCUGAUGAGUAGCUGGACUUUGGGUAAGGAAUCACUUAACGCGAUUCCCAAUUUCGAGAAGUCAUCGACUAGCGGUGUUGCGGAGAAUAAAGCGAUAGAGACAGACAAAGAGGAUGAGGAAACUAUCGCUGUUGACGAUGGUGGUGAGGAAGAAGAGGAAGUCGUAGUGGAGGAGUUGGAAGAGGACAUCAGUGAACGUGUAAUCGAGUACUCAGAAAGUGAAGCCUCUGAAGAUAGCAACGACGAUCUCGAAGAGGAAAUCGAACUCCUGGCGAGUGCAAUCAAGCCUUCGGUGCACCGUGGGAAAAGUUUUGAUAGCGACGAUGAUUGUUUUGAAGCUUUGCCUCCACCAAUUGAAAUUCCGAACGCACUCCGGCCCGUGCACCUGCGAACACCUGAAGUGACGAACAAGACUUUCCUCGCGGAUUCGUUGCAGUCGUCGGACGAAGAGACCAGCGAAGAAGAGAGCGACUUGGACGAAUCUAAGCACGAGACGCAUGCAUCUACACUUCGUCCUUCAGUGGGAGGAGAACAACCGCCAGCUCGCAGCUCCGAGCUAUAUCUCAAGCAUUCUGAUGCCUUGGAAAAAAACGAAUCGAAGCAAAAACAUAAAAUGUCCCAAAAUGAGGCAAGCGUCACAACUCCAGCCUCUAUUGAAACUUCACUUCGACUGACAACUUUACGCGGCCGGUCUUUCGAGGGCCCUGAUCCGCCCAGGACGAAUUCACCUAGGAGAGGGUACCGACCAACACCAACCUGCGCCGUAGAGGGCCACGACAGUGGGAAACGACAAUUUACCACCUCUAUUCGCCCUGCUACGGAACGCGGACACUCUUUUGAUGAUAGCAACAAGGAAAUUUCUCCAACGAACCCACGUCGCGGUACCCGCCCGGCAUUGAGACAAACUACACAAGACAUUGCUGGCAGUGAGGUGGCCGAGAACUGCAAUCGCGACGAAGGUCAAAUGGUAGCUGAACAAUUAGAGCCAGUGCAAGCCUCCGAUGCCUAUAUUAGAGAAAAUAAGGUUCAUCAGGCAAAGAACAUUCCUCCGCAGACUGCGACCAACCAUGUCAAGCGCAAUGCCAGUGGAAAUGCUGAGAUAUCGUGGGAAAAGCCUUCUUGGACAAAAUCAACACUACGAGCCACCAGAAAAGGCGAACAACUCAAAAGCGAGGGAAAUUUGGCAGCACCAAUUACCAAGGUUAGAGAAUUAUAACGGUGAAGGGCUAGAUUUCCGGAGGCUUACCCGAGUG